AUGGCCACGACGACCGCGCAACCCGAGCCGCCGCAACGGCCGGGCCAGAACCCCUUGAUCGACAACGUCGCCAUGGUCUUUGCCGUCGGCACGCCGCUCAUCAUGCUCAUGCCGCCGCGCAAGAUGGACCUGCGCUUCUUUGCCCUCGCCGCCACCUUUUCGCUCUCCACCAACCACCUCUGCAAGUCAUACACGGGCGAGUCCAUCUACUCCCGGUUCAACAACCGCGUCUCCUCGGCCUUUGACAAUGGCCUGCCCGACGGCGCCAAGCGCACGCAGCAGCUGCUCAAGGAACACAGAGAGCGCGAGGCGGCGGCCAAGGGCCUCCAAGACAAGUCCGCCGGCAGCUCCAACGUCCUCAAGGACAUUUGGAUGGGCGGCGAAAAGGAGGACUGGAAGGAGAAGCGCGCCGAGGAGCACCAGAAGAGCUUCGAGGAGGGCAAGGGCAUGAGCGACAUCAUCAUGGAGCAGAUUGCGGACGUCUUUAGUGGUAAUUGGGGCGGUGCGAAGAAGAGCCAGGAGAUGGAGCCGACGAAACAGGACGACGCGGACAAUCGCAAGAAAUAA